AUGUCACAACAAACAGAGACUAAAGCAAGUGUUGGAUUCAAGGCCGGUGUUAAAGAGUAUAAAUUGACUUAUUAUACUCCUGACUAUGAAACUAAAGAUACUGAUAUCUUGGCAGCAUUUCGAGUAACUCCUCAACCUGGCGUUCCACCGGAGGAAGCAGGAGCAGCGGUAGCUGCGGAAUCUUCUACUGGUACCUGGACAACUGUUUGGACAGAUGGACUGACCAGUCUUGAUCGUUAUAAAGGACGAUGCUACCACAUUGAGCCUGUUCCUGGAGAGGAAAAUCAAUAUAUUGCUUAUGUAGCUUACCCCUUAGACCUUUUUGAGGAAGGUUCUGUUACUAACAUGUUUACUUCCAUUGUAGGUAAUGUAUUUGGAUUCAAAGCCCUGCGUGCUCUCCGGUUAGAGGAUUUGCGAAUCCCUCCUGCUUAUACUAAAACUUUCCAAGGUCCGCCCCACGGCAUCCAAGUUGAAAGAGAUAAAUUAAACAAGUAUGGCCGUCCCCUAUUAGGUUGUACAAUUAAACCUAAAUUGGGGUUAUCCGCUAAGAAUUACGGUAGAGCAGUUUAUGAAUGUCUGCGCGGUGGGCUUGAUUUUACCAAAGAUGAUGAGAACGUGAACUCCCAACCAUUUAUGCGAUGGAGGGAUCGAUUCUUAUUUUGUGCCGAAGCCAUUUACAAAGCACAGGCUGAAACAGGUGAAAUCAAAGGUCAUUAUUUGAAUGCAACUGCGGGUACAUGCGAAGAAAUGAUGAAAAGGGCUGUAUUUGCCAGAGAAUUAGGAGUUCCUAUCGUAAUGCAUGACUACUUAACAGGGGGAUUCACUGCAAAUACUAGCUUGGCUCAUUAUUGUCGAGAUAAUGGGUUACUUCUUCACAUCCACCGCGCAAUGCAUGCAGUUAUUGAUAGACAAAAGAAUCAUGGUAUACACUUUCGUGUACUAGCUAAAGCUUUACGUAUGUCUGGUGGGGAUCAUAUUCACUCUGGGACCGUAGUAGGUAAACUUGAGGGGGAACGAGAGAUUACUUUAGGUUUUGUUGAUUUACUGCGUGAUGAUUUUGUUGAAAAAGAUCGAAGCCGCGGUAUUUAUUUCACUCAAGAUUGGGUCUCUCUACCAGGUGUUCUGCCUGUGGCUUCCGGGGGUAUUCACGUUUGGCAUAUGCCUGCUCUGACCGAAAUCUUUGGAGAUGAUUCCGUACUACAAUUCGGUGGAGGAACUUUAGGACAUCCUUGGGGAAAUGCACCUGGUGCUGUAGCUAAUCGCGUUGCUCUAGAAGCAUGUGUACAAGCUCGUAAUGAGGGACGUGAUCUUGCUCGUGAGGGUAAUGAAAUUAUUCGUGCGGCUGCCAAAUGGAGUCCGGAAUUAGCGGCUGCUUGCGAAGUAUGGAAGGAAAUCAAAUUUGAAUUUGAAGCAAUGGAUACCUUGGAUAAAGCGUAA